CCUGUUGCUUACACUGUGUGUUCACCCGCCGGGUUGGAAAAAGUCGUUGGAGUGUCAACUGUUUGCCGGGUCGUCUUCCUCCCGGUGCGGGUUAGCUAGCUAACAGCUAAGCAAGGUAGCUCCUGUAGGUUAGCUUUAGCCUAGCUAGCAGCGGCUUCUCCUCCUCCUCCUCCUCCUGCCGGGCAGGUGGCUAUCAAACAGCUGGAUACUGCCGAUACUCGUGGUUGUUGCUAAGGUUUUGAUGGCGUUGGCUUGAUGGGGUCCGGGCGUGCAACAAAGUGAUGGUCUAAGGACUCGCCGGUCACAGAGGUGCUAGCGCGUGGAAUGUUGCGCUGGUCAGUGCACCUAGAAGGAGGGCCGCGGCGAGUCAACCAUGCUGCUGUGGCUGUGGGCCACAAAGUGUACUCCUUUGGAGGCUACUGCUCCGGAGAGGACUACGAGACACUCCGUCAGAUUGAUGUGCACAUCUUUAACACAGUGUCUCUGCGCUGGUUGAAGUUGCCUCCAGUGAGGAUGGCAGGCCAUGAGCGGGCCUAUGAGGUGCCAUAUAUGCGUUACGGCCACACAGCUGUGCUGCUGGAUGACUCUAUCUACCUCUGGGGUGGACGCAACGACACAGAGGGGGCCUGCGAUGUGCUUUAUGCCUUCGAUGUCAGCACCCACAGAUGGUUCACGCCCAAGGUUUCGGGGGCUGUUCCAGGGGCAAGGGAUGGCCACUCCGCCAGCGUCCUGAGGAAGGCGAUGUAUAUAUUUGGAGGAUAUGAACAGCUGGCUGACUGCUUCUCCAAUGACAUCCACAAGCUGGACACCAACACCAUGGUCUGGUCCUUAAUAAAUGCAAGAGGCACUCCGGCGCGCUGGAGAGACUUUCACUCAGCCACCAUCAUCGGGACAAAGAUGUUUGUGUUCGGAGGUCGAGCUGACCGAUUUGGUCCCUUCCACUCCGACAACGAGAUCUACUGCAACAAGAUCAAAGUGUUCGACACAGAGGCUAACUGCUGGAUGAGCACCCCUCCAACACAGCCUUCGCCAGACGGACGCAGGAGUCAUUCAGCCUUUUCCUACAAAGGAGAGCUGUACGUAUUUGGAGGAUACAAUGCUCGCCUGGACCAGCACUUCAACGACCUCUGGAAAUUCAACCCAGAAGCCUUUUCCUGGAAGAAAGUAGAGCCGAUAGGGAAAGGCCCCUGCCCGCGGAGACGACAGUGCUGUUGUAUUGUGGGAGAUCGAAUCAUCCUCUUUGGAGGAACAAGUCCCUGUCCAGAGCAAGGAAUGGGGGAUGAAUUUAACCUCAUGGAUCAUUCAGACCUGUAUAUCUUAGACUUCAGCCCUAAUUUGAAGACAUUAUGCAAAAUAGCUGUUCUUCAGUACAGUCUGGAGCAGUCGGGACUCCCACAUGAUCUCAGGUGGGAACUGGCAGCCAUGACCACCAACAGCAACAUCAGCAGGCCCAUCUUCUCCUCCCACGGUUGAUGCUACUGAACCUGAGCUCUGCUUCAGGACGCUGGGCCGUUCUCCUUCUAAUCAACUUGAGACCGGGACUGUUUUUGUAGAGUUUGGAUCUGUGUUGGAUUUAUUUUCCACAUUCUUCAAGUGAAACUCAUUACUGACCAAACUGCCCUGCCUAUGACUUCCUUGGACAACACAAGCUCUCAACAUGUCCAAGGAUAUUUUUACUCUUGAUAAGACGGUGGUUAUGUGAGACAAAAACGCUGACACGUGCUCAUCCUUUCUCUCUUCUUUCUAGCCUCUCUAGAAAAAUCCAAUCAGCCUAUGAUAAUCAUAGACUUCGAAUCUUAAGCACAGGAAGAGAUGAGAACUUCAGCCAAAGGUCUUGAGAGUGAACCUUCUUGUUGACACUCAACUGAGCUCCCAGAAGAAACACAUGUGAACCUUCUGUUCUGAAGAGACUGAGGUGGUUGAGAGUUUUUGUAUCUCGGUCCUAAAACCAUGGAAAAUUACCACGUCUAUUUAUGGCAAAUGUAAUAAUUGUUAGCAGUAUACGGAGGAGCUAACCUGACUACUCCGGUAAAUGCAAGGAGAGAAAAUCAAGUACCACAAUGUCAGGGUAUAACGCUUGUGAAAGGUUGUUUGACUGGUUUUCAAUGCUUGGCUUUUCUUCAUCAUAUCUUGUUAUUGGAUUACACACUCACAGAUUGAAAAUAUAAUGGGAAAGCUCAAAUUGUUGAUGUUUAUUCAGGUUUUUAUUUCAUUGAUCGUAAAAAACAUGGGAAUGGUGGUGGUCCUUUUUAAAAUGUUAUAACACCACACUUUAUUAUUAAAAAAUAAUUACAACUACAAUAAAACGAAAUCAAGAUAUUCAGUAUUUAUUAACAUCUCAACAACAGCUGGACACUGUCGUUUUUUAGUGUUACUCUAACAGGAGUAAAGAGGAAUUUUGGACACUAUUUCGGCAAAUGAAAGUGUAUGUGUGAUUGACUUAAUUUCUUCAUUAUUGUGAAGAAACUUGUCACCCAUUGCAACUCUGUGAAUCAUUUCUGUCUUUUGUUUUCUGUACAAUGUUGAAAGUCUACAGAAUAGGAAAUAGCAAGCUGUGGAUUCACAAACGUUGGUUUUGGUUUUUGUUGACAAUAAGAAAAUGUCGAAUAUCACCAGACUUCACCAUUCUUUUGAAGUCAUUCGCUUUUAGGAUGAAAUGAACAACUUGGCGAUGACAAAUACAGGCAGGAGACAUUUAAGAGAAUAAACACUGCCGUGUCAUUCUUACACUUACCAUGGAUGAUUGUUGUAACAGUAGAAAAGCCCUGAACUUUGCAAAACUAGGAUUAGAACAGGAACCGUGUUGCCACACGCACACAAUCUUGAGCUGCAUCAGUCCUGGUCUCUGGGACAGUGUGUGCUGCUGUUUUCUGUCCUGCCAGAUGUUAACAUUUGAUCUAUCAGUUUUGUCCCCAAUCGGCUCAGUAGAAUCUGACUUGGGUCCCAAACAUCAGGACUGAAUAACGCUGACCUACUUCCUAAUUGUUUACAAAUCUGUGUAUUUCAUGUAAAGCAGUGUGAAACAAUCUUAGAUGCAGGUGGAAGUUGCCACAUAACUGCACUAAAAGCCAAAACUUGGCAUGUCGGGCCUUAAGGAGAGGAGAAAUGUCGAUGCUGCCUCUUGCCUACCCAGACUCCACAGUUUGAGACAUUUGCCAAGUUUGAUUUUUUUAUUUACAGACCAGUGGUGCCAAUGUGACUCAGUGAGUCUCACGCUCUCUGCACUGCAAAUGCACACGGACAUAUCACACACUUGAAAUCCCUUAGUACCCAGGUCACUUGGACUUUACAACAGGUAAUGCAGGAAAACCACAGGGAAUCCAACUGUGUGCCUACACACACAUACACACACACACUUGCAUAAAUUUCCAAUAUAAAUAACUUGUGGUAUACAAAUCAAGCCGUUAUUGUGCCACCAAAUGGCUGUUUUUGAUGUGUGGUGUAGGAGUUAUUUUUAUUUGGGGAGUUUGGUCUUUUUGUUGCUUGAAGAUUGUGGGUGAUGGUAUUUUAAGUCAAGACCCUUUCAGGAAUAUAAUGUGAAGUGAAUGACAAUGUAGACAAUAUGGUCAAAAAUAAAAUAACUGCAUAAAAACAAACUCCUCAGUGGCGCUCACUCAGUAUAUCGGCAUUACAUUUUAAUGGCAGUGAUGUUAAAUGCGGCUUUGGCACCUUCCAGGGCAAAUUUUGUUUCACCAAAAUAAAAGCAUUAAAUUAAAGUGCACAGUUAUUUGCCAAGCAGUAGUAUGUGACCCAGCUGAUGUCAUGCCAAGAAGUGUAUGCUGUGUAGGCCUCACAAUAUGUUGUAGAAUAAUUCGUUACAAUUAAUGCUUUGGAAACGAUCUGAACAAAGUAUGGUGUGUGUUUUGAACCAUUUUACAUCGGUGCAGGCCCCCUGUGCUUGUUUUUUUUUUACUUUAUAUUUUAACUUUUUAAUUUUGAGGGGACUCUGAACUCUGUUGAUGUGGGUCAGGACUUCCUGUGCAAUAUGCUUUAUAACUAUCAAUAAAAAAACAAUUUGAGCUGUUAA